AUGAGUGAGAGUUUGGCUGAUUUUCUUGAAGAAGUACAACCAGAAUUCGGCGACACUACCUUUGAUGGAGAUGAUCUAUUUGCUAUUUUUGAGUGUUUAGACAGCGUAACAGAUUUUCCUCCAGUGACACCAUUAGAUGAAGCUGUUGUUAGCUCAAAAGAAAGCGAAGAAACGAGGCGGUUAGUCUCACAAAAGUCUUCAUCUUCUAGUGCUUUGCAAGAUUUUGAUGAGACCAAUAAUGAGCUUGAAACUUCACCAAAAAGUAAGAGACAAAAGAUUGCAGCUUCAGCAUCAGCCGCAGCUUCUUCGGAUCAGGAAGUAAAUCCAGAUGGGCAGCACCGUAUGUCUCAUAUUACAGUGGAACGCAACCGGCGAAAGCAAAUGAAUGAGCACUUGUCCGUUUUAAGGUCCCUCAUGCCUUGCUUCUAUGUCAAACGAGGAGACCAAGCAUCAAUAAUUGGAGGAGUUGUUGAUUACAUCAAUGAGUUGCAGCAAGUUCUGCAAUCACUUGAAGCCAAGAAGCAAAGGAAAGUUUAUAGUGAAGUUCUUAGCCCUAGGAUAGUUUCAAGUCCAAGACCCUCACCACUUAGCCCUAGAAAACCACCACUAAGUCCUAUACUUAAUUUGCCCAUUAGCCCAAGAACUCCACAACCAUGUAGCCCUUACAAGCCAAGAUUGCAACAAGGCUACCUUUCUCCUACCAUGGCUAACUCACUCGAACCAUCUCCAACUUCAUCUUCUUCCUCCUCCAUUAAUGACAACGUCAACGAACUCGUCGCGAAUUCUAAGUCAGCAAUUGCUGAUGUUGAGGUUAAGUUCUCUGGUCCAAAUGUUCUGUUGAAGACAGUAUCACCUCGGAUUCCUGGUCAAGCUGUGAAAAUAAUUUCUGCCCUUGAAGACCUUGCCCUCGAGAUUCUACAUGUGAGCAUUAGCACAGUGGAUCAUGAAACUAUGCUUAAUUCCUUCACGAUCAAGAUUGGAAUUGAAUGCCAACUUAGUGCUGAGGAACUUGCUCAACAAAUCCAGCAAACAUUCCGCUAG